AUGCUGAGCGGAGCCGCGCGUCGCAAGGGCCACCAGCGCUUCUCCCUCCUUCUCCUCGACGACGGGGACCACUACAUAACCGACUGGGUCGCCACGUGUCACCUCGUGGAUGGCCAGCCGCGCGCGCUCGCGGGCGGGCGGCUGCGGCUGUGCAUGAAAUCGCUCUUCUUCGAGCCGCAGGACCCCGCCAUCCCCAUUAUAAUGUUCCCCAUGCCGCACAUACUAGUCGUUUUCCACCCCGCGUCGCGCCGCCGGUACCGCUCGCAGCUGGGCGCGAAACUCGCCGCGGAGGGGCGCAUCCGCGCGGAGUGGGCGGGGGAAGGAGCGGGGGCGGGCGGGGAGGACGGGGGUCGGGGCGUGGGGGGAGGGCGGAGGAACGAUGGCGGAAGGCCGGGGAAUGCGUAUGGGGAUGUGGGGGGGUAUGGGGGAGAUAAUGGGUAUGGGGAUGUGGUGUAUGUGACGACAGGCAUGUAUGUGGCAAUGAAGGCGUGUGGGCAGGACGUGCCGUACGAGUUCGAGAAGAAGGAGCUGGACGAGGGCCACCUGCCUUCCACGUGGGCCUUCUCCCUUGACUACUCGCCCACCUCACGGUUGUUAGAUGAAGCCUUGCCAGUGCUGGGGGUGCAGCUGCUGCCGUACGAGCAGCGAGACAUGGAGGUGGCGCGGCGGCUGUCCCUCAUGGAGGCCUCGGCGCCCUUUGACGUCAGCCGCCUCGUCGACCUCUCCGAACACAUCCUGCUCGACUGCCUCGCCUCCCAGGUUCGGCCGCUGGUUCGGGAGCCGGGCCGCCUUGUGAUCACACAGCAGCGGCUUUACUUCCAGGUGACAUCUGGUGCAGGAAACAUCUGGCAGGUGGCAUCUGGUGCAGGUGGCAUCUGGUGCAGGUGGCAUCUGGUGCAGGUGGCAUCUGGUGCAGGUGGCAUCUGGUGCAGGGGACAUCUGGUGCAGGUGGCAUCUAUUGCAGUUAACAUGCCACUGCGUUUUGUUGUGUGGGGUAGGCUGUCCCCAUUUUCCCCCCUUCUCCUCUCUCGCCCUUCUCUCCUCUUUUUCUCCUCUCCUCUCUAUCCCCUCGCUCCCCUCUCCCACUUCAACCUUUCUCAGCACCAUUGCACGCCAUCAGCAGUGAGAGUCCCCUUCGAAUCUUUCCCCUGCCCCUCUUCUCUGUUCUCACCUUUUUUCCCCCCUCUCCCGCUUAUUCCUCCCCCUCCCCCUCUCUCACAGCCACUGCACGCCAUCAGCAGUGAGAGUCCCCUCCGAAUCUUCCCCCUGCCCCUCCUCCUCUCCGCUGCCCGCCGCCGCCACUCCCUGCGCCCCCGCGGCCUCGAAAUCUUCUUCUCCUGCCCGGACCUAUCGCAGCGUGCCAGCUCAGGGAGCUCAGGAGGAGGAGGACUGGAGGGGGGUGGUGGCACCGGCGGGAGAGGAGGGGGGAACGGAGUGGGUAGGGGGAGGGUAGUUGGGGGUAGUGGGGGGAGCGGGGGGAGUGGGGGCGGAGGGCCGUUGGGGGAUGGCAGCAGUGUGUUCUUUGUGUUCAGCUCUCAGGGGGAGAGGGACCGAGCUGCUGCGCUGCUGCAGAAGCUGUUGGGGGGUGUGUCCAGCCCAGCAGCAGCGGCAGCAUCGCUACUAGAGGCUCACUCGCACGCACUGCAGGCCGUCACGGGGCUGUGGCAGACCGGCCGCAUCUCCAACCGCGACUAUCUGCUCUUCCUCAACCUGGCAGCGGGCCGCACUAUGUGUGACUUGGCGCAGUGGCCUGUCAUGCCCUGGGUGCUCGCGGAUUACACCUCCCACCACCUUGAUUUGAACGACCCCGCCACCUUCAGAGACCUCUCCAAGCCAGUGGGAGCGCUCAACCCGGCACGCCUUGCAGAGUUCAGAGAGCGGUACGACGAGAUGCCUCGGGACAAGAGUGGAUCAGAGCGCACCAAGCCUUUCCUCUACGGCACUCACUACUCCACUCCUGGCUAUGUGCUCUACUGGCUCGUCCGCUCUGCACCAGCACACAUGCUGCGGCUACAGAACGGCCGCUUUGACUCACCGGACCGGCUGUUCACGGGGCUGCAGGAGUCGUGGGAGAGUGUGCUGUCUAACGCCACUGACGUCAAGGAGCUCAUCCCCCACUUCUUCUCUCUGCCUGCGCACUUCCUCCGCCUCCCCCCGGACCUCAAUCUAGGCACGCGCCAGAACGGAGUCCCAAUUGGCGACGUGGAGCUGCCUCCGUGGGCGAGCGGUGCAGAGGAUUUCAUCGUAAAGCACGUGCAGGCUCUGGAAAGCGAGUGGGUAUCGGCGAAUCUCCACCAUUGGAUCGACCUGAUCUUCGGAUACAAGCAGCAAGGCAAGGCAGCAGAGGAAGCAGACAACCUGUUCCAUCCCCUGACCUAUGAAGGCGCAGUGGAUUUGGACUCGCUCAGCAGCUUUGUGGAGAGGAGAGGCUUCGAGACUCAGAUCAACGAGUUUGGUCAAACGCCAAGGCAGCUCUUCAUCCAUCCCCACCCGCAGCGCUCCCCACGUGCCACACCCAGCGUUGAGUCACUGCCCUUCUGUGACCCCUCCACUGCCGUCCACCUCCUCAUGCGCCUCCUGCCUCUCCUGCCCUCCGCCUCUGCUGCUGCUGCUGUCGUGCCUGCUACUGGUGAUGCCACCGAUACUCUUGCUGCUACUGCUCCUAGUGCUGGUGGCAGCACGAGUGUUGAUUCUAGUGUUUUAGUUGGCACUCAAGCCACCAGUGGUAGUGGUGGCAUUGGUGCUGCUCUGACCUCCAAUGGGUCUGAUGUGGCUGGUUCAUCUGCUACCAGCCGUGAUGCUUGCAAGGAUGCUGCUGCUGCUGCCGCUGAUACCGGAUGGGCUGUAGAUGGUGCUGCAGCAUCAGCAGCAGGAACAGCAACAGCAGCAGCAGCAGCGAGUGCUGCACAUAAAGACCGCAGCGAUGUGGAGCGGGGUGCGAUUUUGCCUACAGUAGCACUGGCAGGAGAAGAAGAGAGGGCAGCAGGCGCAGGUGCUCCUGCAGAGCCAGGCUCAGGAGCAGGGGCUGCAGGUCCAGGCGGUGUGGGCUUAGCAGCAACUGAAGCAGCAGCAGCUUCAUCAUCAGCAGCAACAGGAGGAGCGGCAGUGGAAAAAGCAACCUCACUAGAGCCACCACCACCAUCACCACCAGCACAAGCUGCAGGUUCUAGUACCAGUGCACUGCGCCAGGUCAGCGCCACGUCAGACAGUACAGCUGGCGCGGCUGCGGAUGGAAGCAGUGAGACAGGGGGCACAGGUGGCAUGGCGAACAGUAGCGGGAUGGUGGAAGAAGACGAGACGGGGAGGCUGAAGGCGCUGCAGGGGGCGGUGGGUCUGGGAAGCUUCAAUGCCAGGCGAGCAGCGCAGGGCAGGGGCUCUAUGGGCUCUGCAGGUGCUGCGGUCAAUGCAGUCAAUGCGGUCAAUGCAGUCAAUGCAGUCAAUGCAGCUGGUGCUGCUGGUGUGACAAGAGCCGCAGCAGUGAGAGAGGAAGAGGAGAUGGCGGCGCUGAGAGAGUGGCUGGUCGAGGCUGGGGUGGGGCGAGGAGGGGACGAGCAUGCCUGCUCGCCUCCCUUCUCCCCCACUGCGCCCUUCCCUGCCUUUCAGCCGUCACCUGUAGUGGGAAGCAGCGAUGUGAGCAGUGCAGUGAGCAUCAGGGCGAACGGCAAGGCAAGCAGAACAGAAGGUGGUGUGGGUAGCAGUGAGACGAGCAGAAGCAGUGAGAGGAGCAGGAGCGACAACGAUGGCAGUGGCAGCGGGAGGAGGAGGGCGAGAGUGCGGCGAGUGAAGGCGCAUCGGGGGCCGGUGGUUGCGGUGGCGCUGGCAGAGCAUGCAGAAUCGCACGACUUGCUGCUCACCACAGCGGGCGCUGAUGGCAUGGUGAAGGUCUUCUCAGUGGAGUCGCAGCAGCAGCUGAGGUCAGCGCGAGUUGGCAGCCUCCCAUUGGCCAGCAUGGCGCUGCUGCCGCCCCUUCCGUCCCACUGCUACCCAUCAGUGCUGCUGGGCUCAUCAGAUGAUUAUGUGUGGCUCUACUCGCCUGACUUCGGUCGAUGCCUCUCCAAGAUGCAUGCACACGACGACACGGUGUCAUGCAUUCAGGUCAGCCAGUGGGGCGCUGACACGUGUCUGUUCACAGCAUCAUGGGACGGCAGUGUGAAGCAGUGGAGCAUGGCCCACUCGCCCUUCCUCUCCGCCUCGCCCUUCGCCUCCUUCUCCUCCUCCUCGCCCCACUCCCAUGGCGGCUCAGACACAUUAGUCCACCCUCCUCCUCUAGCGGAGCUCAAUCAGCAUGACGCACCUAUCACAUCGCUCCAAGUGGCCAUCCCUGCCACGUCAGCAUGGCCCCUUGCUGCCUCAGGGUCAGCCAAUGGUGCUGUGCUGCUGUGGGACAUGCGUGCGCCCCCCUCGGCAUCUGUCCCUUGGAGCUGCCGCCUCUCCCCUCUCACCAACACCACCGCCCCCACGUCGCCACUAGCAGUGACAGGGCUGGUGUUCUCGUAUGGGGGACUGCACGUCACUGCUGCCGACUCCACGGGGGGGCUCAGAGUGCUGGAGAUGCGCAUGGGCGGUGCUGAGCUGGCAUCUCAGCACUGUCCAGGUGGCGGCCUCACGUGCUGCCAGCCUCUCGGCGAUCAGUCUGUCCUCGCUGGCAGGCACCUCGGAAAGGGCCUUCUUGCCUCGUUGUCUCUGCAACGCUCCUUUGAGCACUCUUCCGUUUCCACACCUUCCCCUUCCCCUGCCUUCCUCUCUUCAGUGAUUCGGGCGACAUUGUUGCAUGGGCGUGGGCAUCUGAGCUUGAGCUACUUCACCCUCAUCUUAAUGGUGCCAUGCGCCAGGGUGCAAGGAACUAUGGAGGCCUCUCCGGGAGCGCAGCAGGGCAGCAGCAUGGUGUACAGUCUGUGUCGGACCCACAUGGACGUGUCUCAAAUGAGCGAGUUCACGAACCGAAAAGGACCCGACGGACCAGCUCGCAAACCGUUGCGUGAACCAGUGGUGUACGGGACCAGGAUGCUGGCGGAGCUGGCGGGGGAGACACCAUCGGCCUUCCUUUCGGGCCUGGUCAAAUCGAGAAAAGCGAAGACAGAGAUCAGCGAGCUUUUGUUUAAAGGCACACGUCUGAAAGGGACAAAGGAGGUGUUGCGGGCGGCUUCUGAGCAUUUCCGAGAGGCAUACACACGUUCACCGGCUGGGAUCACCAAGGAGCCGUGGCCGAUCGAUGAAAGGCGGAGACUACAAGAGGCAGACCGGGAGCUGUUGGGGAGAGAAUGGUCGGAGCAGGAGGUGAAGCUGGCGCUCAAGGGGCUCCCAGUGGGUAAAGCCCCCGGUCAAGAUGGGCUGCCGAAGGAGUUUUUUGAGCGCAAUUGGGACCUCCUCGGGCCAGCUGUGAUGAGGGAGGUCAAAGAGUUCGAAAAGACGGCGCGGCUAUCCGAAGCUUUCCUGACAGCAGUUACGAUCCUGUUGCACAAAAAGGGGGACAGAGACAACUUAAGCAACUACAGACCAAUCACUCUACUGUGUUUUUUCUACAAGUUGGUGGCGAAAGUGUUGGCAAACAGGAUCAAGACGGUCUUACCGAAGGUGAUAUCGGAAAAUCAGUUCGGCUUCCUCCCGGGGAGAAGCCUAGCUGACGCGGUCUCUCUUGUAGCUGACACGAUUGAUGCUGCGGUGGAGGAGGAUGAGGACUGGCUGCUGCUUCUGGUCGACUUCCAGAAGGCAUAUGACUCGGUGUCGCGGGAAUACCUGUUCAAGACACUCGAGAACAUGGGCUUCCCACCAGGAUACUCGGGAUGGGUGAAGGGUCUUCAUGAUGGCGCUGCCACUAGGAUGUUGCUAAACGGCUGGGUGGGGGACAAGGUGGAAAUGGACAAGGGCGUUCGGCAGGGCUGCCCUCUCGCCCCUUAUCUCUUCCUCUGCGCCGUAGAGCCACUCUGUCAGGAAAUCGAGAGGAGAAAACUGGGAUUCAGGAAGAGGGGGGUCAAAGGAGAGCUGGCCUACAUCGGCUAUGCAGACGACACGACCCUGGUCCUGAGAGGGAAUGAACAGGUGGUAUCGGCAAAGAAGCUGUUAGAUGAUUUCGCGGAGAUAUCGGGGCUGAAGGUGAAUCAGGAGAAAACAUCGCUGAUGCCGCUGGGGAAAAACAGGAGGAGGUUGCAGCCGCUGGUUUCACCCUUCACCAGGGUAGACAAGGACAGAGCGGAGAGGCUGUUAGGGAUCUGGAUUACAUCUGGUGGGUCGCCGGAACCAGCUUGGGACAAGGCUUUCGAGAGUGUAAGCGCGGUGCUGAGUUGCUGGGAAACAAAGCACCUCAAGACGUCUGCACGUGUCACCAUUAUCAACAGCUACGCGAUGCCGAUCCUGCUGUUUCAGGCCCAAAUAUACGCUCCGCCACACGAAGUCUGGACGAAGGUGAAACGACUCUGCCACAACUUCAUCUCCGGGGGCAAAGCACUGUUGGACAGACAUUUCAUCCUUUGGAGCUAUGACCUGUCAUGCCGGGAAAGGAAAGAAGGUGGCCCGGGGGUGAUCGAUCUGAAGCAUAGAAUAGACAGCAGCGUGAUCCAGAAUCUGGGGAAGGCCCUGGUGGAGCAAGAACCGUUGAGAGUCUGGUUGUGGGAGAGGGCGGCAGGUUUCCCGCUCGGCCUGGCGACGGUCUACGCACACCCCUCAAUUCUGAACCACUGGUUGGGAGGAGGGACAAGAUGGAAGGCAGCUGUUAAAGCCCUCUGGGACUCAAAGAUCUUGACCAUGGGCGACCCCGUGCACAGAUGGGAUGCGGAGGAGGAGCAACUGCUAUUCAACCGGAAAAUAUUUUUCAGAGGACGGUCGCCCUUCGGAAAUCAGGCGGGCUCGCACUGCUUGAAGGGUGUUCGCUUGGGGGACUUGCUGAAGAAAAACCGUGACGGCAGCAGAACUGUCAAGUGUGACGCCACUCUGAAACAGGAGCUGGGGGGAAUCGACCAACGAAAGUGGAAAGCGUGGGAGGCAACGCCGCAGAGCUGGAAAGACAUGCUACUCACUCAGCUGACUGCAGAGGAGGUUUUCAGGGAGUCACGGCUGGUGCGAAUACCGUCGUACAGGCCGAGGGAGUUUUUCUACUACACACUAGAGUACACGGUCAACGGCGUGCUAUAUGGAAAGCGGGCGGAAGUUGACAAGAAGGGUCACAUAUCAGCGUUAGAGUACGCCAGUGUGGUAUCGGUCGACCAUUUGAGAGCCACACCUAUGGCGGUCAUAGAGGGGAGGUUGCGUGGCUUACUAGGAGACCCGAGGUCACGACUGCUGCACUCGCCAAUCUGCGAUAAGGGGGAACGAGCUGAACUAAGACAACUGCGAAGGGCAAUGAGGCCUCCACCUGCUCAGCCCAAACAACAACUGCAGUGGGAGGAAAGGAGGGGGAGAAAGAUUGACUGGAGGAGAGCCAUCAAGAUUCGUGACUCACUUGCGACCCCAGCCAGGGCACGGGAAGUGGUGCUGAGAGUGCACAGCAACAACCUGCAGGUAGGGGAGAGGCUUCCGUUCCUGGGCGCGAGGGCACGCUGUGUUCAUUGCGGGGAGGUGGAGUCACAAGACCAUUGCCUUUUCAGCUGCCCCACGAUACAACCAGUGGUGGGGGUGAUGAAGAGGGCAGUACGAUGUAUGAACCCGGGCAGCGUUGGAGUGGGUCGCGGAUCGCUUCUUAGCAGCGAGGGGUCUCGCACAUUAGGUCAGGUCAGCCCAUCCACUCCGCACUUAUGCGCCUUCUCCUUCUCCUCCUCCCCUCCCCACCCCGCAUUCUUAUGGUGCCUCAGACAGAACAGGCUCAGUUCUACUGUGGGACAUGCGAGCGCCUCCCAUUGCCUCUGUCCCGUGGAGGUGCCGCAUCUCCCCUCUCACCACAACCCCCAAUAUUAUUCACUCUCUCACUGCUCCCACACAUCCCUCCCCUCCCUUCCAGGCGCUGUGCUGCGGUGGGACAGGCGAGCGCCCUCUUCUGCCUACAUCUCCCCCAUCUCAUCAAUCACUCUCCCACCUUUCCUCCCCCACACAUCCCUCCCCUCCCCCAGGCGCUGUGCUGCUGUGGGACAAGCGAGCGCCCUCCGCGGCCUGUGUCCCCUGGAGGAGCCACCUCUCCCCUCUCACCAACACCACCAUAGUAAAACCCUCUCUCACUUCUCCUCCCGCACGCCCCCCUCCCCUUUCCAGGCGCUGUGCUGCUGUGGGACAUGCGUGCGCCCCUUCUUCCUCUGUCCCCUCUAA